UGUUUGGACUUGAUUUAAAAACAAAGCUGGGCUUGAGUUAGCCUGCAGCAGACGUUAGCCUGUGGAGCAGGGCCUCACCCACCAAGGACAGACAGACCCGGACAGCUUCAGAGGACAAGGUCUCACUAACUUACACCACUUUCUUUUUUAACUUCAGGACACAAGCCUCACUCACUGUUAGCUUUAACCUCUAAGUCAUAACACGACUAGGUAAGAAACUAUAACCUCUGUGCCCCUUCAGGCUGUUUGCACCGAGCAUGUUUCUGGAGUUGACCUGACAGAAAUAGCUCAUGUUAUGUUAGACAUGUGUGUGAUCUCAGGGGGCCCUGCCUGCACAACUCCAGCUGUCUGUGAGCAGGCCAAUAAUGUGCUCAUCAGACAAAGUGUAUCAGGCCUCUCCGUCUGCAGCCGGCUAGUUUACAAGAAUUCUCAGCCAUGUGAAUUUCCACCAUCGGCGAAUGUCUUCCACAUCAGAUACUUCAAGACAUCUGCUGUUCACAGGGAUGAGGUGGUCACAGUCAAAACUCCUGCAUUCGCAGAAUCUGUUACAGAGGGCGAUGUGAGGUGGGAGAAAGCUGUGGGUGACUCUGUGACAGAAGAUGAAGUGGUGUGUGAAAUUGAGACUGACAAGACCUCGGUACAAGUCCCCUCUCCAGCAGCUGGUGUCAUUGAGGAACUGUUGGUGCCUGACGGAGGGAAGGUGGAAGGAGGAACGCCCCUCUUCAAACUCCGGAAAGGAGCUGCUGCUGCUGCUGCUAAAGCUGCUCCCUCUCCAGCUGCAGAAGCAGCAGCUGCAGCUCCUCCUCCACCACCGCCACCACCUCCAACUCCAGCUUCGGCACCAGCCCCUCCUGCCAUGACUCCCCCAGUGCCACCACAAGCCAAACCUGUUGCUGCUGUCAAGCCCAGUGCUCCAGCAGCAGCUCCUCCAACUGUAGGAGGCAGAGGAGAAAACAGGGUGAAGAUGAACCGUAUGAGGUUGAGGAUCGCCCAGAGGCUAAAGGAGGCUCAGAACACCUGCGCCAUGUUAACCACCUUCAACGAGGUGGACAUGAGUAACAUUAAGGAGAUGCGGGCAACCCAUCAGGCUGCUUACCUAAAGAAGCACAACAUCAAACUGGGCUUCAUGUCUGCGUUUGUGAAGGCUGCAGCAUACGCUCUGACCGACCAACCUGCUGUCAAUGCCGUUAUUGAUGACACAACCAAAGAGAUUGUCUACAGGGAUUACGUAGACAUCAGCGUUGCUGUGGCAACUCCAAAGGGGCUUGUUGUACCGGUCAUCCGUAAUGUCGAAACCAUGAACUUCACUGACAUCGAGAAAUCCAUUAAUGCUUUGGGAGAAAAGGCUCGUAACAAUGAGCUUGCUGUUGAAGAUAUGGAUGGAGGCACCUUCACCAUCAGUAACGGCGGCGUUUUUGGCUCCAUGUUCGGCACACCCAUCAUCAACCCCCCACAAUCUGCCAUCCUGGGCAUGCACGGCAUCUUCGACCGACCGGUGGCCAUCAAUGGCAAGGUCGAGAUCCGGCCCAUGAUGUACGUGGCGCUGACGUACGACCACCGACUUGUUGACGGAAGAGAAGCGGUCACUUUCUUACGCAAGAUCAAAGCGGUGGUAGAAGAUCCACGAGUGCUGCUUCUGGACAUGUGAUGUUUUUAACCAACACUUUACUCUCGUUUAAAGAUGGCUCCAGAUCACACAAAAAAACGCACAACACAACCACUCUUCAGUCAGACUUGAUCGGGACAUUAAGGUUUUGUUCCAACACUCCGUAUGGAGCUUAAAUACGUGGUAUUAUCCGUAAAGAGUAACUUGAAGUGUCUGCAGUCAUAGAAAUAUGCUUAAAACGGGCCUUGGCUAAAUCAACAAAGCUAAAAGUUUGCUGUCUUCUAUCAGUAAAUUUUUUUUUUUUGCCACAUUUACAUGAAUUUAAAAAUUGGCAUAGAAAAAUACUCGCCGCAUCCAUGUCAGUUGUGUAAUCAUGAAACAAAAUGGCUUUUCCAUGCAACAGUUGGCUUCAUGACUUUCUCCCCUCCUCGUUAAGUCGGUGCUCCUGAGCCACUUUUUCCACAGCGGGGCCAAGCGGAGCUCCCUCAAAUUAGUUCAAGAUGUUUUUAAUGUUAACACUGGAUUGAAAGAAUUCCUCCGUUUUACUGCUAGGCAUUGUCACGGGCAACAGUUCAGAAAAACAGACUCAGCGACCUGUCGGACGAGCUCAUGUUUAGAAGUUAUUCACUGCUUAUGUUCCUGCUUCGCGCAGUCAUCCAUGUCCUGUCUUUUAUUUUGUGUUGAAGCUGCCGUGCUGUUGUUGUCGGGCAGAUUCUUUGACCAUCCAAAUCUAAAAAUGUUGAUCAAACUUUUGAGCUUUUUUAGCAAAAACAAAUACAUGAAUCCAGUGUUCAUUCACAGAAACUGUACAGAA